AUGAGUCCUGCGAUGAGCGCGAGGGCAACCGCUCCGCCGACAGCUGGCCCGGCUAUCCAAGCCGCACUUUUGGUCGACGAAGAGUUCGAAUUAGUGGAUCUACUCGACGAAGAUAUGGAAGAUGAAGACGUCGAACUUUUUGAGGAGGAAGAUGUCGACGAGCUUGGCAAGGAUGAGGAUGCCCUUGAUGAAGCUGAAGCCGAGGACACAGAUCCAGAGGUUGGACGAACGGCAGUGCCAGUUGUCUGA